GGGGGCGGUGCCUGCGGGGGGAGGCCGGCCCUACACCGCCCCACACCGCCCCAUAGAUCCCACAGACCCCACUGUGCGCCCCCGGUGCGCAGCUCCAGAGCCCCACAGGGCCGUUCUCUGGGGGUCCCCACCCCAUUGCAGGCACCUUUGGGGCCGAGAUGGAGCGCAGCGCCUGAACGCGGCGGGGCCGAGCCAUGGAGACGGUGGUGAUCGUGGCCAUUGGGGUUUUGGCCACCAUCUUCCUGGCGUCCUUCGUGGCGCUGGUGGUGGUGUGCAGGCAGCGCUACUGCCGCCCCAAAGACCUGCUGCACCCCUACGACACCAAACCCAUUGUGGAUCUCAUUGGGGCCAUGGAGACGCAGUCGGAGCCGUCGGAGCUGGAGCUGGACGACGUGGUCAUCACCAACCCCCACAUCGAGGCCAUCCUGGAGAACGAGGACUGGAUCCAGGACGCCUCGGGUCUGGUGUCACACUGCAUCGCCAUCCUGAAGAUCUGCCACACUCUGACCGAGAAGCUGGUUGCCAUGACCAUGGGUUCGGGCUCUCGUGUCAAAUCCCCAUCCAGCCUCAGUGAUGUCAUUGUGGCGGCCAAACGCAUCAGCCCGAGGGUGGACGACGUGGUCCGGUCCAUGUACCCCCCGCUGGACCCCAAGCUGCUGGACGCCAGGGCGGCGGCGCUGCUGCUGUCUGUCACUCACCUGGUGCUGGUGACGCGCAGCGCGUGCCCACAGCCCGGGGACCGCGACUGGGUGGAUCGAUCGUUGGCUGCGGCCGAGCAGCACAUGGAGGCGCUGAGACACGCAGCCAUGGCGGCAGAACCGGAACGGAACGGGACCGGAACCGAACCGCACCGGCAGGAACAACCCCCCCAAGCCACGCCCCCUCAUUAA